AUUUAAAAAAAUUUAACAGUCUGUAUUCCUUUCUACAUUAACUAACUUGACUAGAUUCCUAGUAUGGCUACUAUUUGGAAAUUCAAUCUUUGAUUUGAUACUCAAUUUCAUGGGGCUUCAUUCCUACCAACUUCCUGUAAUUCUAUGCCUCUGGGUAAAAAUAUUAGUGGUCAAACUCAGCUGGAGAAAGUAUAGGCACCGUGAUUCACAUGGUUAACUGUUCAUUUAGUAGAGCUGGAGUGAAAAAAUACUGUUCAACUUGAAAUGCUAGAAGAUUGUUGUUCUUGUGUUACUCAUUCAUGCAAAUUGGAGAAGGUAUAAUUGAAACAAGGUUGGCAGUGUUUGAGGCAGUGUGCUGCAGCUGAGCUCAGCUUAAAGGUCGCUGGAAAUCAAGUGCUUUGUAAGUGAAGGCAUUUUGACUACAAGAGAUUCAAGACAUUUUGGAAACGUCAGUCUCAGGAAUGGGUCGUCUUUUUCUUUCUAUGAUAUCUGGUAGCUAAUGUUUUACCUAGGAUAAAGACUACUACUUAAAAGCUCUUUUAGGCACCACAAAUGAUUUUUUCGUUCGAUGCAGUGCAGCUGCUUCUAGCCUGUCUACCGACAGAGAUCUUUGUUAUGCCUUUUAGCCCUUAACAUGUUUGGAAAUGAGAACAAAUGGCACAAAGCUUACGAGUGCACUUUGCAGCCAGAAGAAGCAAUACUUAUCCUUUGUCAGAAACCUCCGGAGAUGAUUUGGAUAGCAGUGUUCACAUGUGCUUCAAAAGACCAACACGGAUUUCAGCGUCUAAUGUUGUUCAAAUGAAGCUGACUCCCAGACAGACUGCACUAGCUCCGUUCUUAAAGGAAAACGUUAAGUCUCAGGAAAGAUCAUCUGUUCCUUCACCUGAAAAUGUUAAUAAAAAGAGCAGCUGUCUACAGAUUUCGCUACAGCCAACAAGGUACAGUGGAUGUCUUCCGUCUAGCAAUGUCUUAGCUGAUGGUGACGAUGCUUCAUUUGCUUGUGUCUUGAAGGACGGCAUUUACAGCACUGCCGUGGUUGAUAAUGAACUGAAUGCUGUGAAUGAUGGUAACCUUUUAGGCAGUUCUGCCAUUCGCAGUGGUAGCCUUAGUAACUUUUCAGCCAGUGAGAAUGGAUCUUACAGCAGCAACGGUAGUGAUUAUGGGUCAUGCACAAGCAUCACAAGUGGAGGUUCAUACACCAAUAGUAUCCUCAGUGACAGCAGUGGUUAUACUUUUACACCAACUGAUGAUACUUUUUUUGGUGGAAAUUUAUCUUCUGACAGCACCUCCAAUAGAAGCGUGCCAAACAGGAAUAUUACUCCAUGUGAAAUUUUUUCAAGAAGUACAAGUACAGUUCCAUUUGUCCAGGAUGACUUGGAGCAUGGACUAGAGAUUAUGAAAUUGCCAGUGAGCAGGAACUCGAAAAUUCCACUAAAACGUUGUUCAUCCUUAGUAAUUUUUCCUAGGAGUCCUUCAAAUACCCCACCAACUUCUCCAACAAAUACAGGUACUCUUCCAAACAAAGGAUCCUAUCAAACCUCACACCAGUUUCUUAUUUCUCCUAGUGAAAUUGCCCACAGUGAAGAUGGUACUAGUGCAAAGGGAUUUCUUUCAACAGCUGUCAAUGGACUUCGGUUAUCUAAAACAAUCUGUACUCCUGGAGAAGGAAGAGACAUACGACCCCUUCACGGGAAGGGCUCAUUACAAAAGAAAAUGGUUAUUGCAAAUAAUAGUCCAAAUCAGACUGUAUGUGAAAAGUCACCUGAAGGAUAUUCUUGUGUUUCAGUGCAUUUCACCCAACAGAAAGCAACUACAUUAGAUUGUGAAACAGCAAAUGGUGAUUGUAAACCAGAGAUUUCAGAAAUUAAGCUUAAUUCUGAAGCAGAGUAUAUUAAGCUUAUGCAUAGGCCAUCUGCAUGUUUACCAUCCUCCCAAAACACAGAUUAUCAAAUAAAUAUCAAUGGACAGUUGGAAAGACCAAAUUCACAGAUAAACAAAAACCAUGCUAUUUUACAAAGAAGUAUUUCUGUGGGAGGAACUUAUCCAAGUGUUUCCUGUUUAUCCAGCCUUAAGCACAAUUGUUCUAAGGGGGGACCAUCUCAAUUACUCAUAAAGUUUGCAUCUGGAAAUGAAGGUAAAGUUGAUAAUUUAUCAAGAGACAGCAACAGAGAUUUCACAAAUGAACUGUCUACUUCUUUGAAACAUUCUUGUAAGACAAGAGAUGAUUUCCUAGGCCAAGUGGACGUUCCUCUUUACCCAUUACCGACAGAAAACCCAAGAAUGGAGAGACCAUACACAUUUAAGGAUUUUGUUCUUCACCCAAGAAGUCAUAAAUCGAGAGUUAAAGGUUAUCUGAGAUUAAAAAUGACUUAUUUACCUAAAACCAACGGCUCAGAAGAAGAUAACGCAGAACAGGCCGAGGAAUUAGAGCCUGGCUGGGUUGUUUUGGACCAACCGGAUGCUGCUUGCCAUUUGCAGCAGCAACAAGAACCUUCUCCUCUACCUCCAGGAUGGGAAGAGAGGCAGGAUGUUCUUGGAAGGACCUACUAUGUAAACCAUGAAUCUAGAAGAACACAGUGGAAAAGACCAACCCCUCAGGACAACCUAACGGAUGCCGAGAACGGGAACAUUCAACUGCAAGCGCAACGUGCAUUUACCACCCGGCGGCAGAUAUCCGAGGAAACAGAAAACGUUGACAACCGAGAGUCUUCAGAGAGCUGGGAAAUUAUAAGGGAAGAUGAAGCCGCCAUGUAUAGCAAUCAGGCCUUCCCAUCACUUCCACCGUCAAGUAACUUGGAUGCUCAGACUCAUCUUGCAGAAGAUUUGAAUGCCAGACUCACUACUUGUGGAAAUUCAGCCACCAGCCAGCCAGUAUCCAGCUCAAAUCAUUCCAGCAGAAGAGGCAGCUUACAAGCCUAUACUUUUGAGGAACAGCCUACACUUCCUGUGCUUUUGCCUACUUCAUCUGGAUUACCACCAGGUUGGGAAGAAAAACAAGAUGAAAGAGGAAGAUCAUAUUAUGUAGAUCACAACUCCAGAACUACUACCUGGACGAAGCCCACAGUACAGGCCACAGUGGAGACCAGUCAGAUGCCAUCGAGCCAGAGUUCUCCUGCAUGCACUCAACCACAUGUCCCCACGAGUGAUUCAGCACAGCAGGUGACCCAGCCAUCUGAGAUGGAGCAAGGAUUCCUUCCCAAAGGCUGGGAAGUCCGGCAUGCCCCAAACGGGAGGCCUUUCUUCAUAGACCACAACACCAAAACCACCACCUGGGAAGAUCCAAGACUGAAAAUUCCAGCUCAUCUGAGAGGAAAGACGUCACUUGAUUCUUCCAGUGAUCUGGGGCCUUUACCUCCAGGAUGGGAAGAAAGAACUCACACAGAUGGAAGAAUCUUCUACAUAAAUCACAAUAUAAAAAGAACACAAUGGGAAGAUCCUCGGUUGCAGAAUGUAGCAAUAACUGGACCAGCAGUGCCCUACUCCAGGGAUUACAAAAGAAAGUAUGAGUUCUUCCGAAGAAAGUUGAAGAAGCAGAAUGACAUUCCAAACAAAUUUGAAAUGAAACUUCGCCGUGCAACUGUUCUUGAGGACUCUUACAGGAGAAUUAUGGGUGUCAAGAGAGCAGACUUCCUCAAGGCUCGACUGUGGAUUGAGUUUGAUGGUGAAAAGGGAUUAGAUUAUGGAGGAGUUGCCAGAGAAUGGUUCUUCCUGAUCUCAAAGGAAAUGUUUAACCCUUAUUAUGGGCUGUUUGAAUAUUCUGCUACGGAUAAUUAUACACUACAGAUAAAUCCAAACUCUGGCUUGUGUAAUGAAGAUCACCUCUCUUAUUUCAAAUUUAUUGGCCGGGUAGCUGGAAUGGCAGUUUACCAUGGAAAACUGUUGGAUGGUUUUUUCAUCCGCCCAUUUUACAAGAUGAUGCUACACAAACCAAUAACACUUCAUGACAUGGAAUCAGUGGACGGUGAAUAUUACAAUUCACUAAGAUGGAUUCUUGAAAAUGACCCAACAGAACUGGACCUCAGGUUUGUCAUAGAUGAAGAACUUUUUGGACAGACACAUCAACAUGAGUUGAAAAAUGGUGGAUCAGAAAUAGUUGUCACCAAUAAGAACAAAAAGGAAUAUAUUUAUCUUGUAAUACAAUGGCGAUUUGUAAACCGAAUCCAGAAGCAAAUGGCUGCUUUUAAAGAGGGGUUUUUUGAACUAAUACCACAGGAUCUCAUCAAAAUUUUCGAUGAAAAUGAACUAGAGCUUCUUAUGUGUGGAUUAGGAGAUGUUGAUGUGAAUGACUGGAGAGAACACACAAAAUAUAAAAAUGGCUACAAUGUAAAUCAUCCAGUCAUACAGUGGUUUUGGAAGGCUGUUUUAAUGAUGGAUUCAGAAAAAAGAAUAAGAUUACUUCAGUUUGUCACUGGCACAUCCCGUGUGCCUAUGAAUGGAUUUGCUGAACUAUAUGGCUCAAACGGACCGCAGUCAUUUACAGUUGAACAGUGGGGAACCCCUGAAAAGCUGCCAAGAGCCCAUACAUGCUUUAAUCGCUUGGACUUGCCACCCUAUGAAUCAUUUGAAGAAUUAUGGGAUAAACUUCAGAUGGCGAUUGAGAACACUCAGGGUUUUGAUGGAGUUGAUUAGAUUACAAAUAACAAUCCACUGUGUUUUACUGGCAUUUUUGUAUAAGCAAAAUCUUGACUUAAAAUUUUUCCAGGGAACUACUAAAACUUGGCCAUUGAUUCUUCCCAGAUAUGGAGAAAAUUAGAUAAAAGCAUUAGAAGAAACAGUAUGACAACUUCACCAUGAUUUCACUCACUUUUAGAUAAUGUGUUGCAUUUACACAGUUGUUGCAUCGUAUCCUUAGGGUUCACACUCGAGGAUAGGAGUCCUGUGUGCCUGAAAUAGUGAGUUUUGUCCUUAACAUUUACCUCUUUUACAGUAUUUGCCAGGCAGUUCUUUCUUAAACUACUGAAAUUGUAACUGUGAAAUAUUUGUGAUGUCAUGUGUGAAAAGUUUGAUGCUUUUUGAGAAGGAAAACUGAAAUUUGGAAAAGAAUACUUUAAUAUGGAGUAAACUACAAUCUAUUUAGUGCUGCCUGCAGCUGUUUAUUAUUUUGUAGACCUGCCGAAUGCACCUUACUGCCCAUAAUUUUGGAAAAAACCUUGGAAAGUGUGUUACCUAUAUUUGUAGUCCACUGACUCACUUGCAGAAAAAUGUUUACUUCUUCAUUUUCAA